CUCGACACUUGCCAAAUUUCCUGGCCUUCCCAUUUCGUCCCAUGUGAUUAGUUAUGUAAUUUUCGUCACCUGCUAACAUAACAAACAGUGUAAUUCUGACACAGGACGGUUCUAAGCAUCUAGCACUUUAUGGCCUACCGCAGUAACGACAACAACAGCAACAACAACAACAACAACAACAUAAGCAGCAAGAAAGUGAACCAAGACUCAAAGAUGACUUCUGCAUCAUUACUUAGAUCAAACUUCUUAGGAGUUUCAAGUCGCCAUUCUAAUACAUUCAAAACUCUCUUGGCAUUUUCAAUGAACACGCGUCAAAGUUUUAACUGCCUAUCAUAUCAAAAUUUAAGAACACUUUCAAGCAUUAGCCCACAACAUAUUGUGUUUAAACGAUGUCUUAAUAGUGGCUACCAACAAAGAGAUUUAUCAACCAUGAAUGAAGAUAGUGGCUCAACUAUUUCUGCACCUGUAACACUCAAGGAGAAAAUAUAUAGUUUAUUUCAACGUAUUGGGUGGAUUUUCACCAGGAGUUCGAUUUUGCACUGUAGAGCAAGACAGAUCUAUGGAUGCUGUACAGAUGGAGUUGAUUACAAAGAAUUUUUCAAAGUUUGCAACAUGCCUGAUACAUUUCAGUCAUGGUUCCUUGUCAUACAUUUACAUAUUUGGAUGUGCUAUGUCAGACUGAAUUCACUUGAUGAUGAUGGUAAAACCGUCAAUCAGAAAAUGGCUGAGCUAAUGUGGGAAGACAUUCGAGAACGAAUUAAUCUCUUAGGGAUCGAAGACACGAAAGCAAAGAAAGAAAGUUUCAAGGAGCUAGCAGAGCAGUUCUAUGGAUUAACAAUUGUGUAUAAUAAGGCAUUUAUGUCUGAGAACGAAAAAGAUUUCGCAGACGCAAUAUGGAGAAAUCUUUUUCACGACAAGGAAAAAACAAGUCGGAAAAGCUUGGAAAUAAUAUUACAAUAUAUCGACAAGCAGUUGACAAUGCUGGACGGCAUGAAGAAAGAGGAAUUACUUGGAGUUGGGAAAGUAGAAUGGACUUCGCUCGAAGAUAUUUUAAAUUCGAAAAGUGUAAAUUAUGUGUGAUAUCCAGAUAAGAUCCAAGUAGUUAGAUUCUAGGUUCAGUAUGAUCCAGACAGUGUAUAUUACUUAUUAAAUUGCUGUAUCAUUGCUCACUUCUAUUCCGUGUCUCAAACAAAGGCCUCCUUCUUAUAAACGCCGAAAAUAUCAAAGCGACGAUUCAUUUGAAAAGGAAAGAAAUAACAGAAAGAGGAAUGCACAAAGAAUGUCAGGUUUAUUCUUCAUUAUUAUGUGAUCAGUGAGGUUUUCUGUUCAUUUCUUCGUUCUUUUGUGCAUAUGACAGUUUAACGCGA